UGUCCAUCCAAAUUUCAUCCCCACGCCAGCGCGGCCGCGAGAACAAGCGGGCCCAGCCAUGCAGGCAGUGAAAGCUAUCACAAUUCAUAUCCAGCUAUAGGGCUGCUGCCGGCAGGCGCACAGUUUGUGUCCAAGAGAAGUCAUCAGGAGCGUCUGGAAGAGAACAGGGAACAGGUUGGACCAACUCAACAGUCCGGUACAGUUUGAUUGUUGGCAAUUGAAGAGGACGGCAUGUUACCUUUCCGGCACGGGGGCGCAGCCCGACCGCUGCUCACCCUAGGCGAGAUGUUGGAGGAUCUGGCGGGAGAGGACGUAGCAGGGGGAGCCCCUCCGAAUGCUGAGCAGCUUGAAGGUGCACGAGACCGAGAAUCUGGUGGGACCGGGACCCUGGAGGCACGGUUUGAACGUGCGCUGAGUGAGACCAGCUCCUCCCUUCGAAACCCGGGGACGUCUUGGAUAGGGCCCACCCAGAAGCUCUCCUCGAGCCUGACGACAGCUGAUCAGCUCAUCUCGGUGGCCGCUUCAGAGCUUUUGAGUCUUUCUCGUAAAGUAGAUCAGGCUGCUCACUUAGUGACGCGCUCUCACAAUCAGUUGGAGAAACUGAAAUCAAGACCGCUAAGCUGAUGCUCUGCCGCUAAGAAAGGCUGAACGUCCAUGACGUAGGAAAUGAAAGCAAUCUACAAAGCCAUUUGAAUUCAGAUCGGAGUCCUAAAUACAGUCUCACUGUAGCACCUAGUCACUAAUAUGUACGUAGCGCCACAGCAUGUACCUUCUGAUCAUGUACAUUUACAAUCUGAGCCAUGGCCGAAGCGCCACGGGCAUUCGCUGGGAGCUGAGUCCAACGAAGGCCGCCCGGGCUCCUACUUAUUUCUCG